GUUCAACAUCUGAUCGAGAAGUGUCUGCUGUACCGCAUGAACAAGGAGGAGUGCAUGGAAGCUCUUAACAAGCACGCCAACAUCAAACCAGUCAUCACUUCCACCGUGUGGGCGGAGCUAGAGAAGGAGAACAGAGACUUCUUCGCGGCGUACGCUAAGGAAAAGGAGGAGCGGGAGAUGCAGAAAGCCGCAAUGCAAAGGCUGCAGCAGAAGAGUACUGAUGCCGAGGACGACGACGGCAACU